CAGUAACUCACUGCACACACUAGCAAAGAGAGAGGAUGAGAAGCUUCUGUUCAUGCUACGAUGAUGUCAGAAGUGAAACCUGUCUUUGAGGAGAACACUGCACUAGGAUUCCUGUAUAGGCUGAUGAAUGGAGCGUUUCAGGACUCCAAAGAUUCCGUUCUCUCCAAGGCUAAUGAUUGUAAGGACAACUUCAGCAUAACUCCGCCCCAUCACGCAAAAGACAAACCGCCCCUGCCGACUCUUAGAAAGGUUUCAGUGAUACUGGAGGACUGCAGGAAAUUACUGGGAGACCGUUUCAGACAAUGUGAAAGAGAGGAGAAUGGAUUUGAAGCUUCAAUUCCUCUUGGACGGAGCCCUAGUCACAAACAGCCGAAGAACAGAAAGAGCUCCUCUACAUCAGCGAAGCCUAAACAACAACAAACAUUUUUCACAAUUAAGAUGCACCACUGUAAACAGUGUGGGAAGAGUUUUAGUAAUUAUAAAGAUCUAAGGAAUCAUCAGAAAGUGCACAAAGGGAAGUCCUACCACUGCUCUGACUGUGGAAAGUACUUUUCUAUCUUAAAUGCUUUGAGAGUACAUCGGACAGUUCAUACGGGAGAGAAACCUUACUCGUGCUCUGAAUGUGGGAAGAAUUUUAAGCACAUGGGAAGCCUACGAGAACAUCAGCUAAGACACAUUGGAGAAAAACCCUUUAGCUGCCCUGACUGUGGAAAGAACUUUAUAACACAACGUUAUCUGAAUAAACAUCGGCGAACUCAUACCGCUGAGAAGCGAUACCCCUGUCCUGACUGUGGGAGAGGCUUCACUACGGCAGGACUUAUGAAAAGACACAGAAGAAUCCAUACUGGUGAGAAGCCAUACCAGUGCUCUGACUGUGGGCAAGGCUUUGCCAGAUCCGAGGCAUUGAAAUCUCACCAGCUUACUCAUAAUGGCGAAAAACCUUAUUCUUGCCCUGAUUGUGAGAUGAGUUUCAGCUCAUCAGCGGGCCUGAAGUAUCAUCAAAUGAAUCAUACUGGAGAGAAGCCCUACCACUGUGCAGCAUGUAAUAAGAGAUUCAAGUCAGCUUCAAGCUUAAAGUCUCAUCAGAGGACGCACACUGGAGAGAAACCUUACCAGUGUCGUGACUGUGGGGCAACAUUCUCCAGUCUCAGUAAUUUAAAAAAACACCAGCGCAUUCAUUCUGGAGAGAAGCCAUACUCUUGCCCUGACUGUGGAAAAAUAUUUUCUGCAGCAUCCACUGUAAAAGCACACCAGAGGUCACAUACUGGUGAAAGACCUUUUCCAUGCUCUCAUUGUGGGAAGGGCUUUACCAUAAAGGCACAUCUUGUGGUACACAUGCGCAUACACACUGGAGAGAGGCCAUACCACUGCACUGUCUGUGAUGCAACCUUCUCCUCUUCAGGUCCCUUGGUGAGACACAUGAGAAUACACACUGGGGAGAAACCUUAUAACUGCAUUCAUUGUGACAAGAGCUUCAAAACCUUGCAUGAAAUUACUGCUCAUACAAGGGUACAUACAGGAGAGAGACCUUACCACUGCUCUAAGUGUGAGAAGAAGUUCAAGGGCCUGGGAGACUUGAGAAAGCAUGAGCACACGCAUACUGGAGAAAGAGUAGCAUGUGGUCAGUGUAAGAAGACCUUUGCCUCCAACGGAGGAUUAAGGUUACACAAAAUGUCACACACAGGAGAGAAGCCCCACCACUGCACUGUCUGCGGGAAGAGAUUUAUAUCAACGUUUCUUCUGAAAACACACCAUAGAGUGCACAGUGGAGAGAAGCCUUACAGUUGCUCUGACUGUGGGAAAAUGUUUUCCCAACUGGCUAACUUAUGGACCCACCAGCGCAUACAUACUAGGGAGAAACUGUAAUGCUGCUCUGAAUGUGGAAUGUUAUUUCAAAAUCUCGCUUGAAGGUGGACGUGGUUUUCCAUAGAGACGAUCAGCCUUUUUCCUGUGGCCGGUUUGGAAAACCAAACACACACCCAAUCCUAUUGGCGAAAAACGGUUCCAUUGCUCCAACUGUGGUAAAAAUGCCACCACAUCAGGCCUGAAGUCAUAAGUAUUUGCAUACUGGAGAGAAGUCUUGGUUGUGGAAAGGGUUUUGCAUUAUCACUUCAGUUGAAAAUGCAUUACAGGGUUCACAGUGGUGAGAACAUGUGUAAAGACUGUGGGAAGUGUUUUCCCCAGCCCUCUAAUUUGAAGUGUCAUCAGAUACAACACAUUGGAAUACAACCACACUGCUGCUCUGACUGUGGCAAAGCAUUCACCUUAAGCAACCUAGUGCAACAUUGGUGUGUGCAGACUGGAGAGAAGUCCUACCACUACCUUGAAUGUUGAAAUAUCUUUUCAGUAUUAAAAGAACACAAGCGUGUUCACUCUGGAGAAAAGCUUUACUGUUGCUCGGACUGCAAGAAGGACUUUGCACGGAUUUGUAACUUAAAAGAAACACCAGAAAACAUCACAAGCAACAUGCAGUAGUCAAAGCUAAAAAGUAGAUGUGACAGUAGGGCCAAGAGUUUCUCUUGAAUGGUAGCGCUUAAACAAUCAAUGUACACCUCUACAUAAGUGUGUUUUUAAAUUAAACGGUGGGAAUAAAUGUGGAUUGUACCAGUAUGGGGAAAACAUUUGAACCAAUUCAAUGUUAGUGGUUGAUGUAGAGUUAUUAUAGCUAAACAUUGUUACGCUUAAACUUUUAUGCUAUACAAAACUGAUUUGGCUUAACAGAUGUAUAAUUUUUUAUUAAUGACAGUUUAAUCGAACAAUCCAUGUGGUUAUAAUAUAAAAUAAACGUAGUACAUGAUUUCCUAUGCAUUUCAAUAGUAAUCUACUAUGAAUAAUUUGUGUGGUUUUAGUACCAAACAUUCACAAAAUUAUUAAAUGCUCUUUAACCCUGAAUGUAUUUUUCUUCACUUUUGUCCCUCUGGUCUUGACAGUAUCCCUAAAAGCUUAUUUGUGUGUGAUACAUUUCAUUUAGUGAGCUUUGAUUACAUUAUUGUAACAAGUGCUUUUUCCUUUGCAAGAAAUUCCAUGUUGCGGGCAGAGGGGGUGCAGAAACUUGCACAUUAAUUUGAAUUUCAACCAAUGUCGGAUGAAGUGCAAUUUCUAAGUCGUCUUCACAAAAGCAGUCUUAACUAGUGUAUGGGGGUGUUAAAGCUGGAACCCUUAAAGGCCCCAUUCAGUCUUUGUAAUUGUAUUUUUAAAUCACCACUGUAUGUUGAAUAUAGAUCAGUGUUAAUUUAAUGAAAACUCAAUGUUUAAUAUAUUUCACAGAGCCUCCUUUGCUGUUUGAAAUGCUCAGUCUGAUCUUGUGGGUGUUAGGAUAUUAAUGUGAAGAUAUUUAUAUACAUAGCCCUGAUUGGCUGAUAGGAUGGUCUAGAGCCUUUACCCAGAUGAACAGUCAUUGGUCUAUUAUAAUCAGAUCGCAUGGUGACAUGUGGGCCAAAAGGUCCAUCCUACCUGAACAGGCUGAAAUUCCAGACAAUUUCUUCAAAGGACUCUUGUACAAAAAGGGCAUUAUCAUAAUCUCAGUGUUAUAUCGACCUCACAGUGGUGAAAAAAGUACCCAAUAGACAUACUUGAGUAAAAGUAAAGAUACUUUAAAAGAAAAUGACUCAAGUAAAAAUGAAAGUCGCCCAGUACAAUACUACUUCAGUAAAAGUCUAAAAGUAUUUGGUUGUAAAUGUAAUUGCAAAAAACUACUUUAACAAAAUUAAGUAUACAUUUCUAAUUCCUUUAAUUAAGCAAACCAGUGCCUCCCGGGUGGCGCAGUGGUCUAGGGCACUGCGCCACCAGAGUCUCUGGGUUCGCGCCCAGGCUCUGUCGCAGCCGGCCGCGACCAGGAGGUCCGUGGGGCGACGCACAAUUGGCAUAGCGUCGUCCGGGGUAGGGAGGGUUUGGCCGGUAGGGAUAUCCUUGUCUCAUCGCGCUCCAGCGACUCCUGUGGCGGGCCGGGCGCAGUGCGCGCCAACCAAGGGGGCCAGGUACACGGUGUUUCCUCCGACACAUUGGUGCGGCUGGCUUCCGGGUUGGAGGCGCGCUGUGUUAAGAAGCAGUACGGCUGGUUGGGUUGUGCUUCGGAGGACGCAUGGCUUUCGACCUUCGUCUCUCCCGAGCCCGUACGGGAGUUGUAGCGAAGAGACAAGGUAGUAAUUACUAGCGAUUGGAUACCACGAAAAUGGGAUAAAACAAUAAAAUAAAAAAUAAAUUAAGCAAACCAGACGGCAUGAUAUUAGAGAUUGCAUUUUUUUUUUACAGAUAGCCAGGAGCACACUUCAACACUCAGACAUCCUUUACAAACGAAGCAUUUGUGAUUAGUGAGUCUGCCAGGUCAGAGGCAGUAGGGAUGACCGGGAUGUUCUCUUGAUAAGUACGUGAAUUAGACAAUUUUCUUGUCCUGCUAAGAAUUCAAAAUGUAAUUAGUAUUUUUGGGUGUCAGGGAACAUGUAAAAAGUACAUAAUUUUCUUUAGGAAUGUAGUGGAGUAAAAGUAAACGUUGUCAAAUAUAAAUAGUCAAGUACAGAUACCCCCAAAACGACUUAAGAGGUACUUUAGAGUAUUUUUACUUAAGUACUUUACAUCACUGUGUGGAAAUGUCAUUAAUUAAAAUGGGGAAAUCACGUUAACAGAACUGCAGAUUUACUGCAUCAACUGCAUCAGUUUCACCCCCCCCUCCCCCCCCAACCUACCCCCGGGGACGACAUUCCACGGGCGAUAGAACAGCAGAUCAUUUCAGCAAUAAGACCACAGCUAAGGGAUGAUCUUAUGCACGACUCAACGCAGAGUGCCUGGAUACAGUCCUUAGCUGUGGUAUAUUGGCCAUAUACCACAAACCCCAGAGGUGCUGUAUUGCUAUUAGAAACUGGUUAUCAACAACAUUAAUGUAAUUUUCUGUCAUGCCAGUGGUAUGUUUUAAGCAAUAAGGACCCAGGAGGUGUGGUAUAUUGGCCAUAUACCACAAACUCCCAAGGUGCCUUAUUGCUAUUAGAAACUGGAUACCAACGUAAUUAGAGCAGUAAAAACACAUACAGUUGAAGGGGGAAGUUUACAUACACCUUAGCCAAAUACAUUUAAACUCAGUUUUUCACAAUUCCUGACAUUUAAUCCUAAUAAAAAUGGGUCAGAAGUUUACAUACACUGAAUUAGUAUUUGGUAGCAUUGCCUUUAAAUUGUUUAACUAGGGUCAAACGUUUCAGGUAGCCUUCCACAAACGUCCCCCAAUAAGUUGGGUGAAUUUGGCCCAUUCCUCCUGGCAUAGCUGGUGUAACUGAGUCACGUUUUUAGGCCUCCUUGCUCGCACACACUUUUUCAGUUCUGCCCACAAAUGUUCUAUGGGAUUGAGGUCAGGGCUUUGUGAUGGCCACUCCAAUACCUUGACUUUGUUGUCCUUAAGCCAUUUUGCCACAACUGUGGAAGUAUGCUUGUCCCUUUUUCAGGACCUUGUCUUUCAAAGAUAAUUUGUAAAUUUCCAAAUAACUUAACAGAUCUUCAUUGUAAAAGGUUUAAACACUGUUUCCCAUGCUUGUUCAAUGAACCAUAAACAAUUAAUGAACAUGCACCUGUGGAACGGUCGUUAAGACACUAACAGCUUACAGACCGUAGGCAAUUAAGGUCACAGUUAUGAAAACUGACUCUGAACAACACCAAAAGAAAGAUGCCCAGGGUCCCUGCUCAUCUGCGUGAACGUGCCUUAGGCAUGCAGAUGUGGCUAGGGCAAUAUAUUGCUAUGUCCGUACACCUAAGACAGUGCUACAGGGAGAACGGCUGACGGUCCUCGCAGUGGCAGACUGCGUGUAACAACACCUGCACAGGAUCGGUACAUCCGAACAUCACAACUGCGGGACAGGUACAGGAUGGCAACAACAACUGCCUAAGUUACACCAGGAACACACAAUCCCUCCAUCAGUGCUCAGACUGUCCACAAUAGGCUGAGAGAGGCUGGACUGAGGGCUUGUAGGCCUGUUGUAAGGCAGGUCCUCACCAGACAUCACCGGCAACAACGUUGCCUAUGGGCACAAACCCACCGUCGCUGGAACAGUCAGGACUGGCAGAAAGUGCUCUUCACUGACGAGUCGCGGUUUUGUCUCACAAGGGGUGAUGGUCGGAUUCGCGUUUAUCAUCGAAGGAAUGAGCGUUACACCGAGGCCUGUACUCUGGAGCGGGAUCGAGGUGGAGGGUCCGUCAUGGUCUGGUGUCACAGCAGCAUCAUCGCACUGAGCUUGUUGUCAUUGCAGGCAACCUCAACGCUGAGCGUUACAGGGAAGACAUCCUCCUCCCUCGUGGUAUCCUUCCUGCAGGCUCAUCCUGACAUGACCCUCCAGCAUGACAAUGCCACCAGCCAUACUUUUCGUUCUGUGCGUGAUUUCCUGCAAGACAGGAAUGUCAGUGUUCUGCCAUGGCCAGCGAAGAGCCCGGAUCUCAAUCCCAUUGAGCAAGUCUGGGACCUGUUGGUUCGGAGGGUGAGGGCUAGGGCCAUUCCCCCCAGAAAUGUCCGGGAACUUGCAGGUGCCUUGGUGGAAGAGUGGGGUAACAUCUCACAGCAAGAACUGGCAAAUCUGGUGCAGUCCAUGAGGAGGAGAGGGGCUGCAGUACCUAAUGCAGCUGGUGGCCACACCAGAUACUGACUGUUACUUUUGAUUUUGACCCCCCCUUUGUUCAGGGACACAUUAUUCCUACCGCAAGCUCUGAACCUUUACACCGGAUCAUCGCAGCUAGCAAGCUGCUAUCCGAGUGGCUACUCCUGGCUAACGUCUCUGUCCCAAAGCAAGCACAAGCUAGCCUCAAGCUAGGCACAUCUCCCGGCUAGCCAAAGAGGUCCAGCAGCCAAUUCUUGGGCUACAAUACCUCUUUGCCAAUUGGCGACAUCGCCGGAUGCCCAUCUGCUAGCCCCGGCCCGCUAGCUGUCUGAAUCGCCGUGUCUCCAGUUCGCCUAGCAUAGUAGCGACUACAGCUCCCUGACUCAUCUAGUGCUGCUCAUUGGACCCUAUGAUCACUUGGCUACACAUGCCUCUCCCUAAAGUCAAUGUGCCUUGUCUACUGCUGUUUUGGUUAGUGAUUAUUAUCUUAUUUCACUGUAGAGCCCCCAGCCCUGCCCAACAUGCCUUAGCCCUUUUGUUCCACCUCCCACACAUGCGCUGACCUCACCUGGCUUAACUAGUGUCUCUAGAGACAAAACCUCAUCGUCACUCAAUGCCUAGGUUUACCUCCACUGUACUCACAUCCUACCAUACCCUUGUCUGUACAUUAUGCCUUGAAUCUAUUCUUCCGCGCCCAGAAAUCUGCUCCUUUUACUUUCUGUUCCGAACGCACUAGACGACCAGUUCUUAUAGCCUUUAGCCAUACCCUUAUCCUACUCCUCCUCUGUUCCUCUGGUGAUGUAGAGGUUAAUCCAGGCCCUGCAGCGCCUAGCUCCACUCCCAUUCUCCAGGCGCUCUCAUUUGUUGACUUCUGUAACCGUAAAAGCCCUGGUUUCAUGCAUGUUAACAUUAGAAGCCUCCUCCCUAAGUUUGUUUUAUUCACGGCUUUAGCACACUCCGCCAACCCUGAUGUCCUAGCAGUGUCUGAAUCAUGGCUUAGGAAGGCCACCAAAAAUCCUGACAUUUCCUUUCCUAACUACAACAUCUUCCGACAAGAUAGAACUGCCAAAGGGGGUGGAGUUGCAAUCUACUGCAGAGAUUGUCUGCUGAGUUCUGUCAUACUAUCCAGGUCUGUACCCAAACAGUUCGAGCUUCUACUUUCAAAAGUCCACCUUUCCAGAAACAAGUCUCUCACCGUUGCCGCUUGUUAUAGAUCCCCUUCAGCCCCCAGCUGUGCCCUGGACACCAUAUGUGAAUUGAUUGUCCCCCAUCAAUCUUCAGAGUUCGUACAGUUAGGUGACCUAAACUGGGAUAUGCUUAACACCUCGGCCGCCCUACAAUCUAAGCUAGAUGCCCUCCUACCGGGUACAACCCUAAAUCUGUAACCAUAGGCACUCUCU